CUUCCCUGUGCAGCAGCAGCAGCAGCAGCGGGCUGCACUGGAUCAGGUCUCCUUCAGCUGGCAGCAUAGACUCAUUUCUCCACACACCAGCUCUGAGUGGAUGCUCAGCAGGGGUGUUUGAGAUAUUAGCGCGCUGUGGGGGGAGACGGCUCAGGGACUUCUUCCAACCAAACUACAAAGAGCCGAGAGUUUGGAGGAAUAUGGGCAAAUCCGAAAGCCAAAUGGAUAUCAUGGAGAAAUCAAGUAAAGCUGUGAAGCGCCGUUGGACUGUUGCAGAAAUCAGUCUUUCUGUUCUGCUGCUGCUUGUGAGCUGUGCCUUGGCGGGGUUGGUCGUCCUCUACACAUCAGCUGUUAAAGAACAAUCAAACAGGCCAAGUGUUCCCAGGAGCUCAACAGGUGAAGACCAGAUGUUUCGCUCCAAUCUCAACAAUGUGUGCACUACUGCAGACUGCGUCACUGCAGCUGCUCGCCUCUUGCAGAACAUUGAUCAAUCUGUGAAGCCUUGUGAUAAUUUCUACCAGUACGCAUGUGGAGGCUGGCUGGAGCGACAUGUCAUCCCAGAGACGAGCUCCCGCCACAGCGUCUUUGACAUUCUGAGGGACAAACUGGAGAUUGUCCUCAAAGGUGUUCUUGAGACAGAGAAUGAGCGGGACAGAGAUGCCAUCAAGAAGGCUAAAACCCUCUAUAGCUCCUGCAUGAAUGAGAGCCUAAUAGAGCAGCGGGAUUCACAGCCCCUCCUGAAACUUAUCAACAGUAUUGGAGACUGGCCUGUGGCGUCAGAGGACUGGAACACCACAACAGAGGAAGCCUGGAGUCUUGAGGACACUCUAGCCAUGCUUACAGCUCGCUUCCACAAGAAGGUGGUUCUGGAUCUAUAUGUGUGGACGGAUGACAGAGACUCUCAACGCCACAUAAUUUAUAUCGACCAGCCAGGACUUGGAAUGCCAUCUAGAGACUAUUAUUUCAAUGAUGGGAACUACAAAAAGGUGCGAGAGGCCUAUCUGCAUUUCAUGGUGUCUAUUGCAAAAAUAACCCGAGAAGAUAAAAACAUGACUCAGGAUGACGACAGGGUCUGGGAGGAAAUGAUGCAAGUACUGGAGCUGGAGACUGACAUCGCUAAUGCUACAUCACCAGCGGAGGAACGGCAGGAUGUCACUGUUCUGUACAACAAGAUGACCCUUGGGGAACUGCAGAGCACUUAUAGCUUUAACGGUUUUAACUGGACACGGUUUAUAAAAGGCGUCCUGUCGACUGUGUCCAUCGAUAUCAAGCUUGAUGAGGAGGUUGUUGUGUACAGCUCUCCCUACCUGGAAAAGAUGAAUGAUGUCCUCUCCAGACACAGUAUUAGAACUAUGCAAAACUAUCUUACCUGGCAGCUCAUCACAGACAGAGUUAAUAGCUUGAGCCGCCGCUUCAAAGAUGCCAGGGCUCGCUACAGAAAGGCUUUAUAUGGGACCACUGUGGAGGACGCUUGGUGGAGGGAAUGCGUCCGCUAUGUUCAGAGCAGUAUGGAGAACGCUGUUGGAGCUCUGUAUGUGCAUGAAACAUUUGCAGGAGAAAGUAAACGAAUGGUUAGUGACCUCAUCAGUAAGAUCCAAACAGCUUAUGUGGAAACAUUGGAGGAGUUGAGCUGGAUGGACACACAAUCCAAAGAAAAAGCAAGAGAAAAGGCUAUGGCUAUAAAGGAGCAUAUUGGUUAUCCAGACCAUAUUUUGCAGGAAAGCAACCAGAAGUUAGAUCAGGAGUAUGCUCAUCUGAAUUUCAGUGAGGAGCACUAUUUUGAAAACAUUCUGGAGAACCUGAAGUCUGAAGCCCAGAAGAGCCUGAAGAAGCUGAGAGAGCCAGUGGAUCCUGAUCUGUGGAUCAUCGGAGCCGCUGUGGUGAAUGCAUUUUACUCCCCAAACAGGAACCAGAUAGUUUUUCCAGCUGGAAUCCUGCAGCCACCUUUCUUCAGUAAACAUCAGCAUCAGGCCCUUAACUUUGGAGGAAUCGGAAUGGUUAUUGGGCAUGAAAUCACUCAUGGCUUUGAUGACAAUGGGCGCAAUUUUGACAAGGAUGGCAAUAUGCUGAACUGGUGGAGUAAUUACUCUGCUGACCACUUUAAGGAACAGUCACAGUGCAUGGUGCAACAAUAUGGCAACUUCAUCUGGAACCUAGCUGGUGGACAGAAUGUUAGUGGAAUCAGUACUUUGGGGGAGAACAUUGCAGACAAUGGAGGGGUUCGUCAAGCAUAUAAGGCUUAUCUAAAGUGGGUGGAAACUGAGGGUGAAGAACCUCAACUGCCUGGUCUAGACAUGGAUCAUAAACAACUUUUUUUUCUAAACUUCGCCCAAGUGUGGUGUGGAGCCUAUCGGCCUGAGUACGCCAGCCAGUCCAUUAAGACAGACUCGCACAGUCCAUUAGAAUACAGGGUUCUUGGAUCUCUCCAGAAUUUCGAAGCCUUCUCAGAAGCCUUUCAGUGUCCCAUUGGCAGUCCUAUGAACCCCGAGCAGAAAUGCCGUGUCUGGUAGAAAUCCCACUGCUCAAGUCAAAAGAAAAGAUUUGCUUUGUAAGAAGCCCUGCUGGCAAAUGAUAUACAGUUAUCUGGAGCAGAGCAAUGACUUAAACCUAGAUGCAGACGUGUGGAUGUGUAAAACCUUCAUGAUAUCCUGGACUACACCUUUGUUUCCUUCUAACCCCAGUCUCCUUUUGAACUGGAAGAGUUGUCUCUGGUUGAGGAGGUCACUUGUUCUUUUUCUUGUGUCCUACUAAAAAACAAGUGAGUAAAUAAAAAGGGUACGUUUGAAAACAAAACCCUUGUGGGAGGGUUAAAGCCUACCUGGAUGGAUUUAGAGCUUUUGAUGAACAAACCAUCAGUAAGCCAUUUUUAUAUAGGUCUGAUUUACAGUAUAUGGUAAGAACUUGGCCCGCAGGCGCCUUUGUUAGGUCUGCUUUUAGGACAUCAUGCCACCUUAGAAAGAAAAGGAAAGAUCAUAUCUCUGAUAUAAAUUAAACGAAAGAGUCUUUGCUACAGUAAAACCACAGUGGAUUAGACACACUCAGUGAGUUUGGUUACAGUUAUAUGAAAACAAAUCACCCAAAGACUUUAAGACUGUUAAAUCUUUGCAGCUUUAAAUUUUUGAAUUAGCAUUCAUAUAGAACUGCGGCUUUCCAUAUUUGUUACACUAAUAUAGGCAGCAUUUCCAAAGCAAUCCUUUUAUCUAUUUUUUUCCUCCACUUCUGCAAAUUAUUGUUAGUCCAGAAUUAUUGCAGUAAUCAGCAAGAAACCACACUCCUUUACAGGGAAAAUGUUUGCAGCUUUUAAACUUAUUAAAAACUCUAAAAGUUAUAUGUUUCUUGUACUAAUAGCAAUGAAAACUUAACCUAGUUUGGACUUAACAUCAACGGCCUGAUGCCUCAGAUGUAUUGCAUUGUUUCAUGCCUGCCUGAAAGAUUAAAACUUCUGUAUAGUAUUAGUCAGAUCAUCAAACUUGUAAAUAAUGUUUCCAAAUUCCAGUUAUUUAGUAGAAAAGCUGCUCCCCUGACAGGAAUCAGUAAUUAGAGCAGUUUGAGCCUCUGUGCAGAGCUAGUUACAUGAAAGAAAAAAGGAAACCCUUUCAAUACACACAUGGAAGAGCAACAGAUGAUAAAGUCUCCUACCUUCUGAUCUAACACUGAUCAGUGGUCUAUAGGAUGAAAAGAAAGGUGCAGUGGGUCUAAAUGAGGCGACUGCUGAAGCCAAUCGACAAAGCCCUGGAAGCAUAACUGGACACUGUUGCUAUAAACAAGAUUGGCUAGGGCCAGGACUGUUGUUUUCUAUCCUUAUUAAGAGGUAAUGACAGGAGAAUCAAAGCAGAACCGACAUCAUAUUAGAUAGUGGCUGAGCAGAGCUUUUAAACACAGUUGACAUCAGACAGCUGGCUGGAAUAUUUCCUGUUGUGCAUUAAAUUUAGGCUGCCUUAGGAUACUGAACAUGACUGUUAGGUCUCGAAGAGACUGUAUUAUUGAAUGUGAAUGCUGAUCAUUUAUAGUCUGUCUCUUGGUCUUCACCUCCUGGCAUAUACUGUUGUGAUACACAUGAUUGGGCAGGGAAAUACCGAUGACAGACGGUUGUCCUCAUCAAAGCUGAUGGCUGUACGAAUGAAUUAUGGCUGCAUAUCAGUAAAUCAGUAUAUCAUCAUAAAGUUACUUUAUUCUUUUUUAUUUGGUACACUAAGAAAAUCUCAUAUCAAAUUGAUUAUACAAAUAACUAUAUAUUUCAAGAGUAUGCGUUAUGGCCAAUACCUAAUCAAUCUCAUCCCACCUACCUCUGCAAAAUGGCGGUGGAACACAGACAAAUAACUACACACUACUUCCUAAAAGCAAUCUGCAGACCAUUUAGACCAUUUUGCAAACUUUGAAACCUGGUGAGAACCCACAUAUGCAUCUUUCAUGCAAAAAAAACUCCAGGACUUGCUGCAAAGAAACGGUGGUAAAGCCUACAGCAGUGUGCAGCCCGCUCUCUGGAAAUAAAACCACAAAUUAAUUUUGUGGGGAAAAAAAAUAAAAAAUUUAGAUUAUACUCACCCUUUAUUAUCUACUUUAUUCCUUACACAAAAAAAUCCCACAUCUUAGUUUUGAUACAGCACUCUAAACAGCUAGCCACUUAGCAAUGUUUUUUGUGACUUUCUCUUCUUUUUAAGGCUAUCAGUCACUACCUGCUGGACAGCUGUCAAGUCAACAGUCUUCCCUGUGGUUUAGUGGGCCAUAAUAUUAACAAUUAUCUAAACAUUUGUUUAUUGUUAUUGGUUCUAUGAAACACUAUGAAUUUCUGAUUUUUUUUUUAAUAUAAAAACUGAAAUUGUCUUUAGGAUGAUAUUCUUAUGCAUUAAGGAAUCACCUUUCAGGUAAGUGUUUGACAUUUGGGAAAUAUACUGCACGUUAAAAAAAAAACAUUAGAUAUUAGAUUAUUGUUAACAAUAGAUUAUUUUUUUUACUUUAAUUGAAUUUCCAUAAUAUUGUGCUGAAAUUAAGAAAAUAAAAAGAAAAAAAUUAUCUGACUGAAAAUGAUUAAUGGCUGGAAACUAUCAUAUUAAAAAACAUGUUUUGGAUUAUUUUUAUGUCCAACAUUCUUUGCCCUUUUCCCAUGUUGGAGGAUGUGCAACUUCUGGAGGUUAUGCAGAUCAUUGCUUCUCGUUUUACUCUCUCCUCUUUUGUUUAGCCAACAGAUUUUUUUUUUUUUUUUUUUUCUGUGAGAUUUAGGUGUCUGACUGAGAUUACCAUAGAAAAAGUGUGAGAUGAGCGUUUCUGUUUUGAUUUCGUAAUUUGUUUUUAAUCAUUAUCCUAUUGAAUGAGUGGCUGGUGACCAAUUUCAUGACUUGCAGCGUUACACGACUAGUGAGAAUGAUCUGAUUUUCUUAAAGGCUCCGUGAUACCAUUUUACCUAGGGCAAAAAGCAUGGUCCAUAGGAUAACAGAUUUAACAACUUUACUGGCGAUAUCGGUUUUUCUCAUAUUCAUUCUUUGUUUCACCCAACCCUUACAGCUGCAGGGCUAAAGAAACGUUCUUGUCAUGCCAUAUUCAUACCCCAGAGAGCAAGUUACCUACAUCAUAUAGAUCUAGAUCAUUCUGGUCACACACUAAUAAAAAAAAAUAUUUCUAAUUAUGUGUCCAUAUGGUACAUUCCAGGGCCUAGCUGAGUCAUUUCGAGUUGCUAUUAAAAUGAGGAGGUGGGUUUUAAGUUUCUGCCCCAAGCUGAGGAGUUUUGAACUUAUUCAUGAAUGGGUGUAGAACGGAGCAGGAUGUUGAUGGGUUGACACUUCCUCUAUAGUCAUAAAGAGGAAUGGCUGGUGUCCUGUGGUAAAGAGAUUAAAAUCAAGAGAAAAUGGAAACGCAUCUUUCGAAAUGCGUUUCCACUGUGUUCACUAAGGUCUAAGUGUUGUUGGAAGAGAUCAAAAGAAUGAAAUGUUAGAAAUAGGCGACAGAGCAUUUUUUGCAUGUUGGCUGAGUUCUUACAGAGAGACAAUGAGAAACUCAGAGCAGAGUAACUAACUAUCUGCAUCAAAGAGACCCAGUGGAGAAUGCUUUUUCUGAUUUUUAUACAGAUGCCCUCCAUGGGCAUGCCCUCCAAACUGAGUCGCAGAAAAAAAGCUGGAUGACAGCCGUGAUCAGAAGGAUGUACAGGCUGUUUUCUCCAGGAUACUACAAAGUGAAAUCUGGUGAAUCCUCAGAAGGCUUAUUUGAUCACUUUCAGUAAGGUCUGCAAUCUAGAGCAAGGCAUUCAACCACAAUGAGGGAGGGAUACUGGAAGAUACCUCAACCACUGAGAAAAAGUAGUCUGUAAUUGUAAAGCUGGUCUGAUGAUGUUGUCUGAAGUUAGCGGACUGUCCAAUACCUAACCUUAUAGUGAAAUAUCACACAUUCUUGAAAGGCAUAAAGGCUCUGUAAAAUCAAAUAUGUGAUAUUAAAACCAUUUCUUAAGAAACUGCUUCCACUUUUAAUUAAAACAGUGUUUAAUUUAAAACAGAAUAAAAAUUAUAAACAGAAUUCCCAGAAAAUAACCACCUUAUGUCUUGAAUUUGAAUAGCAGCAGCUGAACACGUUAAUCAAUAAAGAAAUUAGCUCUUCAUGCUGAGACAACCAUCAGCUAGCCUCUCCUUUAUGUUUACCAGAAAUUAGUAAAAAUUCCCUGAUUGACUACCCAUCUCCUCUAAGCCAAUUACAUAUUUCCCAAACUGUCAAACAGUUUCUUAAAAAGAAAAAAAAAAAUCAUGGUUGUUACGGAUGGUGGAAUAUAGCUGGAGGCUAAAUGUCAAGUUGAGACGCAGCUUUGGAUAGCUGGUAGAGGUUCGAGUUUGAUUCGUGUUCUUUUUUUCUUAAAAACAGCGCAAUUGUUCUUAACAGAACACUGAGUUUAUAUAAACGUGUAAUUGUUGAUUGUGCAUAAUACCUGACAGAAAUCAGGUACAUCUGUUUCUUACUUCAGUUUUGUCUCACAUAGUGAAACUGUUGCUUUGAAAUGAUCAACCAAGUACAAAUGCAUUUAUUUUCUAUAAAAUGUAUUAUUCUGUUUCACCUGCACACCCUUAUGAGAUUACUAUUUAUUUAAAGACAUAUUUAGCAAGUAAAACUGUUGCUUUGCAAGACUUCAGAUGUUAAAGAUGUUUCUAUGAAUGUUCCUGCUGCUAUGUAAUUAUCUAGACAGCUAUUUUUGUGACUCAGAUCUGUAAUUAUUGCUAUUAAAGUGUCUGUCUCCACUGGUGCAAUAUCAA